AUGAGAUUGGACACAAAAGAGCAAUCAAGUUGGCAUAUAGGACAACAGUUUUUGGCGGAUGCCAGUCAGCUGUGUACGAAUGAGCUUUACGCGAUUUUCAAUUUUCUUUCCUCUAUCUCAUUAUCUCGCUUGCGCCUACGAACGUGCAUGCACAUACGUUUGCAUUUCGUGCUAUUGCAUGUAGGCGUGGCCAUACUUGAUAUUCUCAUGCGGCAGGAUGAAUCACCUCCCAAGGUCGAUGAACGCAUUCUUUGUCGUCAUCCGUUUCACAACACAAAACGGGUCCACGUCGUACCAUCCAGUGUGGAGCCGCUGCAGCAUUUAUUUUGGCAGGGAGGAAAAGUAAGUCCUCUUCCGACUUCUAACUUUACUUGUCUUCGAUAUGAGCACAAUGAGGUAUUCUGA